AUGCAUUUCCUUGUGCUAGGAGCUACAGGAGCCAUUGGAAGCAAAUUCUGCACCCUGGCGCUGAACAAAGGGCAUCGUCUAAGUCUACUAGUUCGCAAUCCCAGUAACCUCCCAACAAACCUCGUUCACAAUACAGAUGUGGAGGUCAUCGAAGGCGUUCUAGAAGACGAAACCACCCUAGACAGUGCUGCGAGCUGUGGUGCCAGCAUCUUUGUGUCGUUCGCUGGACCCCCGAUCGGAACGAAGGGCACGCCUCUCACAUUGGGAUAUAAAGCUCUAGUUCCAAAGCUAGUGGACCGGCAGUUCAAGCGCAUCCUCAUACUCUGCACCCCGUCCUACCAUGACCCCUCGGACACCAUAACAUUCAAAUGGCGGCUGGGUGCAUGGUUCAUGAGGCUAUUUAGCGAUGGUCAGUAUCGAGAGAUGGUCGGGGUAGGGGAGUAUAUAGCGUCGCUGCCUGUCGGCAGGCCUGUGCAGUGGACUUUGUUUCGAGUUGGUGGGCUGACAGAUGGAGAAGAGGCACCGGUCAAGGCGACGUCCCUGGGAAGCGGUGAUGAUGGCACAUGGAUCAGUCGGGCGAGCGUUGCGGUGUGGGCUCUAGAUGAAAUUACUCAAGAACAAUGGCUUGACGGACUCAUAAUAAGUCCCGCCACGGCUGCGAACGAUGCAAAAGACGCAGAAUCAAAUGCGAUGAAGCCGGCCCUCCAUGCGGUCACUGCGCCGCUCGAAAGGCCGAUUGUCGGUAUUCCACUGGGGGACUGUUUCGACAUUCAGAAUGGAGCGAACAAUGCCAAAACCCUCCCGUUGGCAUCCGAGGCACCGCGUAGUACAACGCCUAUAGUACCACGGGGCCGCAUGAGAGAGCUCCAGUUGAUACAUGUCUGGUCCAUGAAAACCCGCCACAGCUUUUCCUCCAACCUCAGCGACAUCUUCCAAUCCUUCGUGGUGGAACAGGCUUUCCAUCAUCCGUUUCUCAUGGACUCACUGCUGGCACUGACGUCACUACACAUAGCCAUUGAAACCACCGACAGUAAUAACAACAAUACGAAUAAUAACCAUGGCCCCCUAAGCUCAGCCACUGUCUCGGAAUACAUUGAUGACGCACUUCGCUACCAGAAUAGUGUCGUUCCGGCUUUUUGUGCCGCACUAGAAAACAUCUCAGAGUCGAAUUGCCAUGCUCUUUUCGCAUGCUCGGUGAUCAUGAUGGCUUGCGCUGUUAUAGCUCCCUUCGUCGGAAGCAGUCGUGGGAAUACGAUAGGAAACCUAACUUCUCCAUUUCAUUUUGUUAAGGGGAUACAUUCCGUCAUUGAUAAAUCCCGGCCGUGGCUGGCCAAGGGGCCCUUUCGAUUUGCAAUCAUAACCCAUGCUGAUGAUGACUGGGAGUCAGGCCAGCAAGAUAGCGAGGCCAUUGAUAAGUUGCGAAAACUUUGUUCCCAUGGACAUCCGGCUAUACGGAACAUCCUUGGCCGUGCCAUCACACUCCUGGGGAAUUGCUUUGUGAAAGGCGAAACAAUGGCCAUUCCGUGGAUCGUGGUUGUUGGGGAGGAUUUCGUGGAUCUCAUACAACAAGAGGAGCCCAUGGCCUUAUUGGUGUAUAUGUAUUGGGGUGUUUUGCUUAGCCGAUUGAAGGAUGCAUGGUGGGCAACGCUGUCAGGAAGGAGGAUUGUAGGGGAUUUAGCAAAGGAGCUCGCACAGAUCAAUGAGUGGUCCGAAGCUAUACAAUGGGCAACGGAGCAGGUAGGCAUAAACAACGAGGAAUUGACAAUGUCAUAUUGA